UUUCAAAUGCCAUUUUUGUCAUAUUGUGUGACAACCACUGGACAGGUGUAAAUAGUUACGUUGUAAUUAGUUGUCUUGUAUCACUCUUGUCUUGCUUCACUUAAAACUUAAGUAUUGUAUUGAAGAUUAAGGGCAGCUAUCUCGUGUAUAUACGAAAAAACUUAUACAACUCGUUGUACAUUGUUUUAGUCUGGAAAAAAGCAAGUAAACUAUUCUUCACAUGUAGAUUAUUUGCCAAACUAGUUAUCCAAUUUUUUUCUCUGUAAUAUGAGUCUCUUUUACAACACCAAGUUUAGUGUAUAACACGAAACUGUUAUACACCUCAGUUAGUAGUUUAGUUUCGCUCCUUUAGCUACAAUAUUUUCUGCUGCCGACGGUAUACGAUAUUAAACAUCACUGCUCCAAACGAACCACCUUAACGGAAGGGGUCACGGAUUUGAUCCACCCAACACUAGACACCUCUAUCGUAAGCAUUGUACAUAUAAACAGCCCUUUCGCUUGCCACCCAGUAGCGUUUCGAAUGGAAUGGAUGCCGAUGUGUGGAACGCGUGAAAACAAUAAUCAGAAAAUGAACAAAACAAACCUGACCGUUCCAUACCAAUUCCAAACCUGCCGGCCAAUCUGUCCCACGGACCGGACAUCACGGCCAAAAUGCCUAACCAAACAAAAAAUCAUCAAAAGCACAUCAUAUUGAAGUGCAUGAGCAUAUUUGAUGAGUUUCCUAUUUCUAAGACCAGUGUGUGUACAGGACGUUUGUAUAAAGAACCAGCAUAAACAAGCAAAACGCUUCUAGGAUAGGAAUUGUGAAAAAUCGAACCCGAAACCACAGCAGGUCCUUUUUAUGUCCUUUCAGUCCGCAGUACGAAGCGAUCUGAUUGUCUGAGACGCUGAGUGGCUGGGUACACUUGUAGUCUGAGUACACUGGGUAGUCCGCGUCAAAGAUGGACGUGCGUACGGUAAGCUACGUGUCAGGUGGAGUUGAGCAGGCGAUGGAGUUAAGCCAUCUGCAAACGAAGCAGACGGGUGGGCGAAGCGAACGCAGUAUCUCUGGUUCCGAACCUUCAAAGCAACCGACAGUCGGUGGGCCAAACGUUUAUGCGCCCAGCGUGGUUAGUUCUCAGCUGCGUCCACAGCCCGUAUCAACUGCACCGACACCGGCACCUGUCCCUGUGCCUGUUUCUAUUCCCCCGGUACGAUCAUCUCAACCUCAGCAGGUUCGCUUCACUUCUGAACCACGUACCGAGGUUAAGUUUGUUCCAUCGGCACCGCUAAAGACUCCACUUGUACGUCCUUUGUUGGCGGUACAGCAGCCACAGCUUCAGCAACAUCCACGUGACGCAACAGCACCUGCCGUACUUCCGGCACCGAUUACACUCCGACAACCCAUCAUCCUUCAGCAGGCACCAUUUGCAAUGGAUCCAGUACGGCCCAAUCCCGGUAUGCCUCCCGGUGCACAGAUGAUGAGACCUCCGGUCAACGUUGGUCCACCAAGGACGGGAACGCCCACACAACCGCAGCCACCCCGACCAGGUGGUAUGUACACCGGUCCACAUCAACCACCAGGCGUCCCCAUGCCCAUGCGACCACAAAUGCCACCGGGUGCUGGUGUUCCCGGGAUGCAGCCUGGUAUGCAACCGAGACCCCCGUCGGCCCAGGGCAUGCAACGUCCACCCAUGAUGGGUCAGCCGCCUCCUAUCCGACCUCCGAACCCGAUGGGCGGACCACGGCCAACAAUUUCUCCACAGAAUUCUAACCUCGGUGGCGUACCUAUGCAGGCAGGCAUGGGAGCACCAAGACCUCCGAUGCCUAUGCAGGGAAGUGGAGGGGUAGGUGGACCUGCAGGAGCUCCACAGGGUAUGAGACCGAACUUCUACAAUCGCCCAAUGGGCUCGGCUGAUCCCAGCAGACCUCCCUCGGGCAUUGACAUUGGUGGAGCGGGUGGAAUGACUGGAGGACCUCCGUCAUCUGCGACUCCAUCAGUUGAUGAUGAUGAGGACGUUGUCAUUGGACGAGUUCCAACGGACAGUUCAUCAGCGCUAAACAGUCCCAAUCCUGCGAGAGCUCCUUCGCGUAACUUCAACAUGCCCGGUCCACCCUCGGCGACGGGAAUUGAGAGGGAAAAGUCAAUUCCCUCCAGACCUCCGUCUGUAGCAGGUAACUACGGUAAGGCCGCUACGAACGAGUACGAGCUUGACAGUACAUCCGGCAGACCACUGCACGCGCUCAAGGACUUUAUCAACAAGGAUCCUUCCCGGCCGGGUCAAUCGCCCAACCAAUCACCUUCGCCGGGUAGUCAACAGUCCCUAUCGCCAGCAAACACAGACGAGAACUUUACCUAUCGACCCGGACCUAAGCCGUCGUCCGGUCAACAACAGUAUAAAAUGCAACCACCACCGUCGGGAACACGUCCCAACGCGCACAGUCCUUCGGCCGCCAUUCCGGGUGGUCGUGCCGACGGGGACAAAGUUACCUUCCAGAUUCCGAACGGUGGGGGCAGAGAAGGUUCACAGGAGUGGAACUCACGAUCGAGACCUCCACAACAGCACAUGAUCCGGACUGGACCGAAAUCCUUAACGGCCGAUCACAAAGGUGACAACGAUAGCGGCGUUGACGAGUACACUCAGGAAAAGGAUCGUCCCAAUGCGCUAGCAUCGCCAGCGUCGCCACUGAAGUCACCGAGCAAGAUACCGGGACUAGCCAGAAGACCGGAGAACAUUUCGUCCGAAACCCGAUCGCGGAGCACCUCGAAGCAGCGCGCCAACGCGAAAACACCGGAAACGCCCUCCGAGCAGCCGCUAAUUAAAAAAGUACCAAUGAACAAAAUACAAGUCGGUGGGACACCAUCUCCGAAUCUGAAGGUCGUAAAGUCCAAGAUUGGCUCGCUGGAAAACGCUAGCCACAAGCCGGGCGGUGGCCAUGUCAAGAUUGAAACGAAGAAAGUCGACAUUAAAGCGGCACCACGAAUUGAGGCGAAAAAUGAUGCGUACGUGCCGAAGGGUGGUGAUAAGAAGAUUAUAAGCACAAAACUGCAGUGGAAUGCAAAGCCCAAGAUUGGUUCGUUGGACAAUGCAAGCCACAAACCGGGCGGUGGCGAUAAGCGCAUCGAGUCGAUCAAGACCGACUUUAAGGAGAAGGCAAAGCCCAAAAUCGGUUCCAAGGAUAACAUCACGUACAAACCGGGUGGCGGUGAUAUAAAGAUCGUACAUCAGAAGCUAGACAUCAAGGCGGAAAGUAAGAUCGGUUCGCUGGACAACCUUAAACAUAAGCCGGGCGGUGGCGAUAAGAAAAUAUUCGACGACAAGGAGUAUCUGAAGAACAUUGAGCAUCCGAUCACGCCAAGUCCUUCCACGCAGCGUUCUACUUCAAUGCGCCGGAUGACGGCCAGUGUGUCCGGGGUGGAUCUUUGUCGCAGCAUCGAGUAUGAGCCGGUACGAGCACCGCCACUGGCGACAGCAUCUCUCACCGCUUCGCUGUCUAUUCCGUCCGAGUGUAUCGUACUGUCCGUGGCCAAUGAGCCGAGUCCCGAGCGGAAGGUGCAGAAGCUAGAGUCGGCUUCGUGUUACAUACGGAAGGAUGGUCGCGCUAUACAUCCGAAACCAUUCCGAACGUAUUAACGAUACUGUUGAAAAGAUUUUAAUCUUCAGAAAACUAGACAUUUACGACAUUUCGGGAAGCAAGUUAUGCCUAAGAAAAUUUUCCCAGCCAUAGGAUGCUUAUUAGAAAUCGAAACAUAUCUUGAAGAAAGGGUCGUUUAAAGAAACGGUGUACAAACUAAUUCUAACCUUCUCUUCCACGCUCUAUCGCUAAGUGACAUGGCCCUUAAACUAUUCCAUUCCAGCCAGACUAUAGGUUACCAAAUCUCAGUAGUUAGUAGUCAACAGAUACCGAUUUGUUAUGCUUUGUUUUCUUGCAAAAGUAGUUAAGCAAAAAUGUGCUAUUUGUAAUAAUACUUCCAGCAAAAGUAUGCAAAAAUCUUCCUACAGAAGAACGGGAGUUUAAAUUUGAAAACUUCCCUAAAGUUAGAGUAGAAACGAAACAAACCAAAAUAACAACGAUAUCCUGAACAUCUUUUCCCGAUUGAGUGAAAAUUUGAAAUCAGAACCGGAGAUGAGGAAAAUUAAAGGAAAAAGCAACACGCAGAUAAGGCAAAAACAUUACUUCGCCACUCUUUUCGAUAACUGAAAACAGGGCGAUAAGUAAAGGAAACGACACCGGUAAUUAAUACUCUAACUCGAAUCGCGAUCAAACAGAGCACUAAAGUAUGACCACAGACCCUAAAAACGAUGGAAGACAACCUAAUCGAGAAGCAUAACAAAGGACAGAGACACAGUUGGACACAAAUUAGAGUGGAUGUAAUGACAUUAGACUUUUUUAUAGAAAAUUCGUUUCCCAUAUUCUAUACAUUACGUUAGAACAAUAUGGUGAAACAGUAACCAUUUAACCCUACAUAAUACUCCCCACCAUAGUGCAACAACGAACGGUCUAGACACACGAUUCUAUUCCAACCUAUACGCGCCAUCUACUAGGGAUUCUUUCCAAAAAAGGGCAAACAAAACGCACACACGCAACACGGCAAAACGUUAAUGGAAACUAGAACACGAGGAUUAGUUUUUUUAUUGUAUAGCAAUGCAAGAUGUUAGUACGAUUUCGUCUGUUUGUUUCUAAUGUUUUUUUUGUCGUUCUUUUCUUGGCGCGCGCAUCUAUUGUUAUUGCUCCCCGGUAUUUUAGUGUUUGUUUUGUUGGCGUUGGCAUUUAAUAAUUAAACUUCCAUUUUUCUUUUCUACAAUCAAAAGCAAAAUAAAUAUCUAAUACAAAACGAAUUGUAUUCAGAACACGCGUAA